AUGUCUGGAAGUUCAAGAAUUGAGCAACAGCUAAGGAAAGGACCAGAAGUCGGAGAGAUCGCGUGGCUGAUUCGCCCCUUCUCAUUCUGGAGAGCUGUCCUUCCGGGGUUCCGGAGAUACGGUUGUGCCGCUCCGGCCCUCUGCGGCCUUCUUCCUGUCUCCCGGUCCAUUCUUCGGUUUCCUGCGAGAACCGCCGCAGCCUUGUCACUGUUUCAUAUCUCUGCCACGCCCUUUUUUCGCUCUGAACUCGCGCGUUGGCUGACCGUGUCUAUCGCUGGAAGACUCAAGCUCGGUUUCUUCGCCCCCAGACAACCUCUGCGAGUUGUAGAGAGCUUCCCUCGAUCUCGAAACGUCGCAGCGCCACCCGACGCCCGCGACGAGAACCGACUCAGGGGAUAG